AUGUCGUCUGCGACUGUCUUCAUUGUCUUGGUUUUGGUGGAAACGGCAAUAAAUGUUGGAGUGUUCCGCUACAGCCCCAAUGCUGGUCAUGGUUAUCUAGUGUACGAUAUUUACUUAGAAGACAAAGCAAUGUGCUUAAGGGCUUGCUAUGAAGAAGUCGAAUGCGAAGUUGUGAAUUAUGAGGAAAACACGCGAUCAUGUGCAAUGUACCGCGGUGGCAACUCCACAGAACCGGGAUACAUACUUUCACGUGGAGAGACGGACGCUGCCUGCACUUUGAUAGAAAUAUCCGAUACCGACAUCGCUUUCCAAAAAAUACCAUCUCAAGAUUUAGCAAAAGUGGAAUGCAAUGUGAUGUCGGAUGUAGCUGCUAUCAGCACCUAUGAAAACUCCACUGGAUAUCGUUUCUUCAUUCUCCGUCCCAACAAUAUAUCCGAAUAUUGGGAGGAUAUGCACUACAGGCUUCUUUUCUCCAAAAAGAAGGAGGAAACUUGCACGCCUGUUCCCAUCUUCCACAAAGCAAACUAUCGUCGCCUGUAUUUCGGUGAAAUCUACAACACUACUGGCUACUACUUCUACAACGCUUACGCCUAUGCGAACUACUGCGUUUCUCCAGAGGGUGAAUGCUUGGGUGUGAUGGAGAUUCAAGAAUAUGUAGACAAAUUUGGCUUCCACUUUUACUAA